UGAGGAAAUUUGUUUAACUUACUUGAAUCUCAAUUUUCUCAUUUGAAAAUGGAAAUUAUUAUUCUUUCCUAUAGAGUUAUUUCGGGAACUAUACAGAUAAUAGCUUUAGUUACCAUUACUUGUGUUUUCUUAGGCACUUGACUCUCAACUUACUUUUCUCUAUUCCUUACCUCAGUACAACAGUUAGGUGAUUUUCAGAUAUGUAAAUUUCUAGCUUUGAGAUAUAAAUUUCUCAAGAUAAUAAAUGACAUAGUUAAUACAUUUCUCAAGAUAAAAAUUAUAAUAAUGAAACUGAUUCUAAUUUAUCCCCAAAUCAUAAGCUCCCACUUGACCAUCUUUCUUAUACCUAGUGAAAUGAAAUAAUAAAAGUAAAGUGCCUCAGACCCCCCACUUCUUAUAUUUGUAACAUCAAAAUAGUGGUUCUCUUCUCAUUGGAAACACUGCAAAGCUGUUUCAGAGUUUUGAGUACAAGAGUGAUAAUAUUUAUCUUGUUAAGAAAUAUCAGUCUUGUGGUAAUACUAAAAAUGAAUUAGAUUUAAGAAGUUGUACAGUAAUGCCACUGAGGAGCUGCUGAAGUAACAGAGUUAAGAAAAAAAAGGGAGAGUUAAGAGAUAGAAUUAGAGAAAGGAGAACAAUACGUGUGUGUGUGUGUGUGUGUGUGUGUGUGUGUGUGUGUGUGUGUGUGUUUUAAAGGGGGAAAACAGAUAUUCAGAUAAAAUUCCUUUAUAGAACAUAUAUUUCAUAUUUCAUGAUGGCAGGUACUGUAAGUGUUGUGACCUUCAGUGCCUUGCUAAGUGCUAGAAGGUAUUUUGUGAUGGAAGAAACUGUAUUAUAUAUGCAAUGAUUAUAUAGAUUGGAAGAUGAAGAAGAGAGAUGAAUCAGAAAAGCAAUACUAAGCACAUCCUAGAGUUUGUAAAAUCAGAAGGGAAAAAAUACAAAACAAAGCUGAAGAUACUUAUUUUCCAAGUUUUUAGCUUAAAAAAUAGAUGGUGAAACCACGUUAUAAUAUCUUAAUUGCCUCUUAUUACUCCAAAAUUCACCCUUAGUUUUUGUUUAAUAAAUUUUCUUAUCCAUGUAAGAAAUGAUGUAUUAUUAGGAUUUUCAUUGAUUCAUUACUUACAUUAGCAAAAGAGGGAAAUAAACUACCUGUUUAUUACUAGAACACUGGCUAAAUAAAUUAUGAUAAACCCAUAAAAUGGGAUACUAUGCAACCAAAGACGGGAAAUAAAUAAAUAUGCUCUGUAUGUAUUGAUGUAGUGAAACCUUCAUUAUAUUGAUUGUCCUUGGAGAAAACAAAGAGUAGAACUCUGUGUAGAGUGGCCACCAAUUGUGUGGAUAAUUAUAUUCACAUAUGUUUGUAAAUACAUAGGAUAUCCAUCAAAUAAUUCACAAAAACCUGUAAAUGUGAUGGUGUCUUAGGCACUUUACUUUUACCGGUUCCUAGGUAACAGGAAAUAAUUAUGUCGUAGUUAGGAAAUUAUUUUUGUGGGGGAUUUGGAGUGGGGGUACAGACAGGAAAGAAAAGGAAAGUAUUUUUAAACUGUUUACUCUUUGCAUCUUUGGGAUUUGGCUCCAUUUACUUGUGUCACCUGUUAAAAAAACUCAAAAUCAUUAACAAAAAUAUGUUACCGACUUUUUUUUUUCCUAUUUCAUCCACAUAUCUACUUUAAUUGAUUUCUACUUGGUGUUAGCAACAGUUAAUGAACAAUGUUUUAUUCCUAGAACUGAAAGAAUCCAUACAUGUACUCAUCUCUUAGCUAAAAAAAAUUAUUUUUUCUCAUUAAUUUCUCUGGUUGAAUCUUAUGUUUCUUAUGUACCUCCUCCUCCAGGAAGAAGAAAGGAUUCCACACUCUCCGCUACCUUGAUUAGGAGACUAUUGUCUAGUUUACUCCUCACAUGAUAGCAUUGAUCAUUCUACUAUAAUAUAAAGUCCUACUUAUUUGCCCCACUACUAGACUUCUCAGCUUCAUGUGGGCAGGGCCGUGAAUGUCUUGUUCAUUCCUAGCUUUUUCUAAGCUUCUUUUAUAAUAAUGAAUUAUUUAAAUUUAUAUUUUUUUGUUAAAUUGAAUGAAUGGCUCAGUUAUACUCACAAACCAUAUCCACACUAUACCACAGUUUAGUUAAGCAGGUUGCUACCUGCUAAGCUUCUGUGUCUUGACUAGGACCUUAAUCACCUGCAGUAGUAUACCAUAGCAUGCUCAGUGCAUACCAAUUUACUAUCAUUUGACUUUACUUAAAUUGACUUGAAGGUAUAAAUGUGUAUAUUUAUGGAAAUAUAAAGCAGAGCAAUUGAAAAUUCAAGUCAGACCCUAAGUAUGCAUCUGAAAUAAUCAACAUCGGAAUGAUUUAAAAUUGCAUAUAUUGAAAAAAAUACCAAAAAAACUAUGCAGAAAACAAAAUGUAAGCCUAAUUACAAUCUUUAAGAGAACCUCACAUUAGGAAAGUGAAUAAAGAAAGAGGAAUUAUCAAGCAAGAAGGAAAGGAAGAGAAAAAUAUACACUUCUACCAAAAAAAAAAAAAAAAAGGAAAAGAAGCAUAGACCCAAUGCAAUACUUUUAUACUUAACUCUAAAGUCAUGCCAUUUGUUUAUUUAUUGUUUUUUAGAUCCUGCUCAUUAUGGAAUAUAAUCUGAAAAAAAUAAAACAUAUACACAUACACACAAUUAUAUAUAUUUCAUUAGGGCAUAGAUAUGCUUCCAAAAUAAGUUGGAGAAGCUAUAAAACAUAGGAUUUAAGAAAUAAUCAUGACAUUUACCAUUCUCUUGAGUAGUUGACCAAAAUAGAAGAAAUAUAACCACUAGAGACAGCAUGAUUGAUCCUAGGGCCUUUUGUUGGAAAUGGUGAACAUAAAGCUGAUUGAAAGAAACAUGUUCUGAAGGAGAAAGGAAACAACUGUUUUAGGGAUGGAAAUGGAAAGAAAGAUGGCUACAGAUAACAUGUAUAGAGAUGGAAGAGAGAAGAAUAAAGUGGGGCUCACGUCUGCCAGCCUUUUCCUGUCUGGAAAGUUGAUGGCGUUCUCCGUAAAGUGAAGCUGGAAAAUUAGGGAUAAAGUACUUGGUGUGAAAAAAUAAGUUUAUAAUGAGCAUUGAGCAGAGCCAGUUUGAUUCAUCAGAAAACCACUUAAAGGAAUUGGGGGUAGAAUGAAGUCUCAAUUCAAAUAAUUCAGACUUUAUGAUUUAGAAAUGGGGCAAGUUGGAUUGAUCUUCUAAUUUUUGAAAUCCAUGUAGUAGAGUAAAGAAAACAAAGGAAGAGCCAAAAUAUUCAGGAUAUGAGGAAGAAUGAGAAGAUUCUAUCUUGGGACUUGGUUAAAAAAUCAAGAAAGCAUUAAAAACAUACUAUAUCUUGGACAAAUGUUGAUUUAAAAUUAUUUAAUGUAUAUAACUUUAUGUUCAUUUUUUUCUGGUUGUGUUAUUAUUCCAGCAUCUUCAACCCAGAUUUCAAAUACCAGUGUUUUCAAACUAGAAGAGAAUCCAAAACCUGCACUUAUUCUGGAGAAAAAAAAUGAAGCUAACCAUCUAGGAGGACAAAGGCAUUCUAACAAGCGAGGAGGUGGUUAUACACAAGGAAAUCCAGGAAUAUUUAGUCUUCAAGGACAACCAGGCUAUUUUAACAAGCUAGAGAAACCAAGAAAUUUUAAGCAAGGGAGAACAGGAGUUUUAAACCAGCCUGGGAUUUUAAAGAAUUCAGGAAAAUCUAACCAAAAAGGGAAUCCAGAAUCUUCUUAUAUGCAGGAAAACUCAGGAUCUUCUAGCCAACUAGGGAAACCAGGGAUUUCUACCCAACAGGGAAAUCCAGGGUCAUCUGGCCAACAAGGGAAACCAGGCUCAUUUAGCCAGAAAGUGAUGGUGGGGUCAUCUAGCCAACAGGGGAAGCCAGGAUCAUCUAGCCAACACGGGAAUCUAGGGUCAUCUACCCAGAAAGGGAAUUUAGGAUCUUCUAGCCUACAAGAGCAUCUAGGUUUAUCUAGCCAUCAAGGGAAGCCAGAGCCAUCUGGCCAACAAGGGAAGCCAGGGUCAUCUAGCCAACAAGGAAAUCUAGGAUCUUCUGACCAACAGGGGAAGCCAGGAUCUUCUAGCCAACAGGGGAAGCCAGGGUCAUCUAGCCAACAAGGAAAUCUACAUUUAUCUAGCCAGCAAGGGAAUCAAGGACCUUCUAGCAAACAGAGGAAGCCAGGAUCAUCCAGCCAUCAAGGAAAUCUACGAUUAUCUAGCCAGCAAGGGAAUAUAGGAUCUCCUAGCCAACAGAAGAAGCCAGAGUCUUCUAGCCAACAAGGGAAUCUAGGGUCAUCUAGCCAUCAAGGGAAACCAGUGUCAUCUAGCCAUCAAGGGAAGCCAGUGUCAUCUAACCAACAAGGGAAGCCAGGGGCAUCUAGUCAAAAAGGAAAUCUAGGGUCAUCUAGCCAGCAAGGAGAUCUAGGAUCUUCUAAGCAGCAGGGGAAGCCAGGGUCAUCUAGCCAGCAAGGAAAUAUAGGGUCAUCUGGCCAGGAAUGGAAGCCAGAGUCAUCUAGCCAACAGAGAAAAUUAAGGUCACUUUACAACCAACAACAAAGAAAAAAUAUUGACAGCACUUUGGAUGGCAAUAUAAUGGACUUUCAGGUUAGUGCUAAUAACUUCUUUUUCUCAGUCAACUUGAUCCAGCAAUUCUCUUUUCCAAGACUUAAAAUGGUUUAAAAACCACAAUGUGUUAAUGAAAAGUCACUUGCAAUGACACUGAUUAAACAAAAUGAGAAGAACUUUGGAGCUGAUUAUUUUCAUGCAUAAUACUUAUGAUUAUUAAUGAAUGUACUGCCCUUCUAUUCUAUCUUUCAUUUCCCUCUAUUAUUUUCCACUCAAACCUCCCUACCUAUACUAGAACAACUCAGAUCCUCAUCAACUGAGCCCACACCUUUGCCAGGUUUAACUUUCAUGUCCAUUUUUAUCCCAUCCAUAAUCUAUAAAUCACUGAAGUAAUAUUCCUAAAUCAAAAAUCCUCUCUGAUAUUUUGGACCCCUACUUGAAA